GAUGAAGAAGCUGUUGUGGAUAUGGGCAAGAUCAGCUCUACUAUCAAUACAAACUUUGAGAAAGAAGAACUAGAGAGCCACAGAGCUGUGUAUAUUGGAGUUCACGUCCCAUUUGCAAAGCAAGGCCGUCGACGGCAUAGACAUCGUGGGCACAGGCAUCACAGAAGAAGAAAAGAAAAAGAAACAGACAGAGAGGAUGGCCGAGAAUCUCCAUCAUAUGACACACCAUCCCAGCGAGUACAGUUUAUCCUGGGUACUGAAGACGAUGAUGAACACAUUCCCCAUGAUCUCUUCACUGAAAUGGAUGAACUUUGCUUCAGGGAUGGAGAAGAAUAUGAAUGGAAAGAAACAGCUAGGUGGCUAAAAUUUGAAGAAGAUGUUGAAGAUGGUGGUGAUCGAUGGAGCAAGCCUUAUGUAGCAACUUUGUCUCUGCACAGUCUCUUUGAACUGCGAAGCUGUAUUCUUAACGGGACGGUCAUGUUGGACAUGAGAGCAAACACACUAGAUGAGAUAGCAGAUAUGGUUUUGGACAACAUGAUUGCAUCUGGCCAGCUGGAUGAAUCCAUAAGAGAGAAUGUGAGAGAGGCUCUUCUAAAAAGACACCAUCAUCAGAAUGAGAAAAAAUUCAGCAAUCGGAUUCCUCUGGUUCGGUCUUUUGCAGAUAUAGGCAAGAAACAUUCUGACCCUCACUUGCUUGAACGAAAUGGACUAUUAGCAUCUCCACAGUCAGCGCCUGGCAAUUUAGACACUGGGAAAAGUGGAGACAUUAAAGGUACUGGGACAGGAGGAAGCAGAGAAAACAGCACGGUUGAUUUUAGUAAGGUUGAUAUGAACUUCAUGAGGAAAAUUCCUUCAGGAGCAGAAGCAUCAAAUGUGUUAGUGGGAGAAGUAGAUUUUUUGGAAAGACCUAUUAUUGCUUUUGUGAGGCUUUCUCCUGCUGUGCUUCUCUCGGGUCUCACAGAGGUUCCAGUUCCUACACGGUUUUUAUUUUUGUUGCUGGGACCAGCAGGUAAAGCUCCACAGUACCAUGAAAUUGGAAGAUCAAUAGCGACACUUAUGACAGAUGAUGUUUUCCAUGAUGUUGCCUAUAAAGCAAAAGACCGAAAUGAUUUGUUGUCAGGAAUUGAUGAAUUUUUAGACCAAGUGACAGUCCUGCCUCCAGGAGAAUGGGAUCCAUCUAUACGAAUCGAGCCACCAAAAAGUGUUCCUUCCCAGGAGAAAAGGAAGGUACCUAAAUUUCCAAAUGGAUCUGCUCCUACAGGAGAGAUUCUCAAAGAAGAAGGCCAUCAUGCUGGACCUGAACUUGAGAGAACUGGAAGAGUGCAAUAGAGUCUCUCUUUGGAGCC